CAUUACAGGGGGCGGUAUCCCGAGAAGGCAGGCAAACGCACCAAUAGCUGGCCUUUAUUGGGAGUGGGCUGGGUUGUAUGCGGAAGAUGACUCCUGUUUGUUUGAAAUCAGAGCAGAGCGCUGAUAACGGCAUUGAAGCAGAACCAAAAGAGCAACACAGCUGUCCGCGACACCGUGGCCGCUGCCCGUCUUUCCACCGAACAAGCUUAGUUUCCCAUCCCGUCUUGGAAUGGAUGAAACAAGCCCCCUGGUGUCCCCUCUCCAGCAGUCUGCCGACUACAGCCGUUGCCAGAACGAAGCGACAAGUCCGCGGGGGAACUACGGAGGUAACGCCACCACACCGGGAUCUGUGGUUCGCGUGUCCGGAGGGAGUCCCGGACUCAACCGAGAAAGACAGCCCCUUCUGGAACGGGACAGGAGCAGCCAUCCCCGGGACCCACACAGAAACGAAUUCCCGGAUGACCCGGAGUUCAGGGAGAUAGUAGAGAAGGCAGAGCAGGCCAUCGAGGAGGAGAUCUUCCCGGAGCGGAUCUAUCAGGGCUCCAGCGGGAGCUACUUUGUCAAAGACAGCCAAGGGAAGAUCAUCGGGGUGUUCAAGCCGAAGAACGAGGAGCCGUACGGCCAGCUGAACCCCAAGUGGACCAAGUGGCUCCAGAAGCUGUGCUGCCCCUGCUGCUUCGGACGGGACUGCCUGGUGCUGAACCAGGGCUACCUGUCUGAGGCCGGGGCCAGCCUGGUGGACCAGAGGCUGGAGCUCAACAUCGUCCCCAGGACCAGGGUAGUGUACCUGGCCAGUGACACGUUUAACUACAACGCCAUAGACAGGGUGAAGUCCAGAGGCAAGAGGCUGGCCCUUGAGAAGGUGCCCAAAGUGGGCCAACGCUUCCACCGGAUAGGCCUUCCUCCGAAGGUUGGGUCCUUCCAGUUGUUCGUGGAAGGGUACAAAGACGCAGACUAUUGGCUGAGGAGGUUUGAGGCGGAGCCCCUGCCGGAGAACACCAAUCGGCAGCUGCAGCUCCAGUUCGAGCGUCUGGUGGUCCUCGAUUACAUCAUCAGGAACACCGACAGAGGGAAUGACAACUGGCUGAUCAAGUACGACUACCCCAUAGACACCGGGGGCAACAGGGAGACAGACUGGGUGGUAGUUAAAGAGCCCAUCAUCAAACUGGCAGCCAUUGACAACGGCCUGGCCUUCCCCCUCAAACACCCUGACUCCUGGAGGGCCUACCCGUUCUACUGGGCGUGGCUGUCGCAGGCCAAGGUGCCCUUCUCCCAGGAGAUCCAGGAGAUGGUGCUGCCCAAACUCAACGACCCCAACUUCAUCAAGGACCUGGAGGAGGACCUCUACGAGCUCUUCAAGAAGGACCCAGGCUUCGACAGGGGUCAGUUCCAUAAACAGAUCUCUGUAAUGAGAGGGCAGAUCCUGAACCUGACCCAGGCCAUGAAGGAGGGGAAGACGCCCCUGCAGCUGGUGCAGAUGCCCCCCGUCACCGUGGAGACAGCCCGGGCCCCCCAGAGAGCCAGCUCUGAGUCCUACACACAGAGCUUCCAGAGCAGAAGACCCUUCUUCUCCUGGUGGUAGAGGAGGAGGAGGAAGAGAGGGAUGAGGAGGGGGAGGAGGAGGAGAGGGAUGACUGACUGCAGACUGUGUGGUGCGCUGGGUCCUAGAGGCCCUGUUGACUCUCAUCACACGCUAAAGUGGGGAAGGGAGAGAGAAAGAGAGGGAGGGAGGUGAGGAUGGAAACUAAAUCAGGAGGUGGAGGAGUGGAGAGGAAGACGAGAUGAAUGUGAAGGAGAAGGAGUGAGUGAACAAAGAUGAAGGGAAGAAGAGAUGGAUGCAAGUGGCUGAGAUGGAACAAGGGAGGGAGGGAGGAGAACGAGAGAGGAGGACCAAUAGAGAGAGAGACCUCACUUUCACUUGUAAAUGAAUGUAUUCAUGCUUUUGAAUUUGAUCAGUUUUCUUUAUCUUCACAUGAGGCUGAGCUAACUCUGCACUUUAAAAAGAAAUUAUUUGUUGGAUUCGGUCAAAAAUGUUAUGUGAAGUGCUUCCACAAAACUGUUGAGUUGUUCAAAGGACACUUGGUACUUGUUAAAUUACUGCAAAACACAGCAAUGUGAAACCACUUGAUAAAGUGUUUUUUAAGUCAAUCCAACAUUUUAUUUGUGACUGUGCUGUGCUGGUGUCGAGUAGGCAGGGGAUGUUGGUGUUCUGGAAAAGUCCUGUUAAGACCCCAAACUGUGAAGCAGGGCCCCGUGUUGACUAGGCUUCAUUCACUAUGUCGGUUCCGAUUCUUCGUAGGUUAUGUAGCACUGGCUGUCAGUGAGUCAACUCACCAAGGCUUCUUUCCUCAUUGAAAUGAUCAGGUCAAACCUGUGACUAAAAGUGCUCAGAAAACUGACCCCUUUCUUUGCCCCAAACACUAAACCUGCAUCCCGACGCUUUGCCAAGCUAUCAUCAUUCCAGCCACGGCUAAUCCUGAAUGAUGUCGACACUGAAACGUUUACUUCGGGCUAGGCUACUGUUGGAACAAGUGCCUGUGGUCGGGGCAUGUGCAUGUUUUACGCCCUCUACUGUUCAGACUGAGCACCUGCUGAGUGUGUCAUUUCCCCCACAUCUCCAUUGAUCUGAUUCCUGUUGUUACUUCUGAUUCACGCCUGUUAGUCAUGCCUGUCUGAGCUAACGCAGAGAUGACAGGAUAGAAAACGGCUCUUGAGCCGGGAAUCACCACGGUCUGUUGACAUGACAACAUGACUGUCUUUACAAACUGUCAUGUCACUUUAUUUUGUGAUCCAUUUUUACCAUUGUAUCGCACUAACAAAUAUUUCUACUGAGGUAUUGCUUUGGCAGUGCCCUGUACAUGAUUGGAAUGUGUUGGGGGGAAAAAGUAUGUAGCCUAUGAAAUGCAAUAAAGAUGUACAGUAUAUGAUC